UGGAGUUGGCGCCAUCACGAUCCUUCUUGCUGUCUCCGGAGCUCUUUCCUCUCAGAAAACAGAGCUCUCCGGCAACGCCAGCGGCUUCAGACUGCGGUGCAAUGGCAGAUAAAGAGGCAGUGUUUGAUGAUGCUGUGGAGGAAAGGGUGAUCAAUGAGGAGUACAAGAUCUGGAAGAAGAACACCCCUUUCCUCUAUGACCUGGUCAUGACUCACGCCCUGGAGUGGCCCAGCCUCACCGCCCAGUGGCUGCCAGAUGUCACCAGGCCAGAGGGAAAAGACUACAGCGUGCACAGGCUGGUUCUGGGCACACACACCUCUGAUGAGCAGAACCACAUUGUGAUCGCCAGCGUUCAGCUCCCAAACGACGAUGCUCAGUUCGAUGCCUCACACUAUGACAGCGAGAAAGGAGAGUUUGGAGGCUUUGGAUCUGUAAGUGGCAAGAUAGAGAUUGAGAUCAAGAUAAAUCACGAGGGAGAGGUGAACAGAGCUCGCUACAUGCCUCAGAAUCCCUGCAUCAUUGCCACCAAGACCCCGACAAGUGAUGUGUUGGUCUUUGAUUACACAAAACACCCCUCCAAGCCCGACCCAUCAGGAGAGUGCACUCCAGAUCUGCGUCUCAGAGGCCACCAGAAAGAAGGCUACGGCCUCUCCUGGAACCCAAACCUCAGUGGUUAUCUACUUAGUGCUUCUGAUGACCAUACUAUCUGCCUGUGGGACAUCAGCGCCGUGCCCAAGGAGGGGAAGAUUGUGGAUGCUAAGACCAUCUUCACAGGCCACACUGCUGUGGUGGAAGACGUCUCCUGGCAUUUGCUCCACGAGUCACUCUUUGGAUCUGUUGCAGAUGACCAGAAACUCAUGAUCUGGGAUACGCGGUCUAACAACACAUCCAAGCCCAGCCAUGCGGUGGAUGCCCACACUGCUGAGGUCAACUGCCUCUCCUUCAAUCCUUACAGUGAGUUCAUCCUGGCCAGUGGCUCUGCAGAUAAGACCGUGGCUCUCUGGGACCUGAGGAACCUGAAGCUGAAGCUGCAUUCGUUUGAGUCUCAUAAAGACGAGAUCUUCCAGGUGCAGUGGUCUCCUCAUAACGAAACCAUCCUAGCCUCCAGCGGCACAGACCGAAGGCUCAACGUCUGGGACCUCAGUAAGAUUGGAGAAGAGCAGUCUCCAGAGGAUGCUGAAGACGGCCCUCCUGAGCUGCUGUUCAUACAUGGAGGACACACAGCUAAGAUCUCAGACUUCUCUUGGAACCCCAAUGAGCCGUGGGUUAUCUGUUCUGUAUCGGAGGACAACAUCAUGGAAGUCUGGCAGAUGGCUGAAAACAUCUACAAUGACGAGGACCCAGAGGGCGCUGCGGACUCAGAGGUCCCGGCAUGAGCCCAGUCUCCACAUCUCUUCGUUCGACCUGCUUGUUAAGAGUGGAUCAUUUUUCCAGUGUUGGGUGGUGCAUAAGCUGUAAUGUCUUUUUAAAAACACAUUUUGGGCACCAGUGGUUUUGUAGAAAAUUUCAAAAAGAAUAAAAUCCUGCAUUGUCAUGUUGUGAAUGUUAAAAUCCAGUCUGUGUCAGUCACAUUUAUCUUUUAGUUUUUCAAUCUCCCAUUUCUCCACUCUGGCUCGUUGUGAUGAAUCCAGCCGACAGGACUUUCAUUUGAUCUUGAUUAGCUGUGCUGAAAACAUCUCUACAGAGAUCCAUUUUUAACAAUUGUACAUAUUGUAGGUUUUCGUCUAUUUGCUUGAUAUUUGUAGUAGCAAUUUUCCAGAUUUGUGUGUCGUCACUUGUAUGUGCUUUUUUUCUAUGCAUUAUUUUUCCUGUGCUACAUCUGAUCUUUUGUGUACUUAAGUAUAUUCAUAAUAAAAAUAUUUACAUUAA